AUGACCAAUGCUAUGGCUAUGGAUUUGAUACACACAGCUACGGAAACUUUGAAGACAGCGCUUUCUGCUCCGCUCCCCGAUUCUGAAGAUGAGAGCUCCACCGCGCCUCAGCCACGCGGACGAAGCGGGAAAAAUAAGAGGAGGGCAACAGUCGCGACGUCCGCUGUUCGCAGCUCACCGAUCGAGAGGAGGACCAAGCAAGAUUUCGCCCCUGACGCCGACGUUUUUGUCCCGGCCCGGCGAACUGCAAGACGCAUGCAGUCAUCGGCGACGCUUCCAACUGCCGUCGCCAACUCAUUCGACGCGCUCGCUGACGCGCCAGAGCAGCUGCCGCGCGAUCCUGCGCCGAAGAAAGACUCCCAUCUUCCGCCGGUGAUCCUCCAGUUUCGGCCGCCCUAUGGGGAACUGCAGAAGUUGUUGCGCAGCUGGACCACGGCCGUGUACACCUUGAAGCCUGCCGGGCGUCACCUGUACAGGCUCACACUCCGCACUGCUGACGAUUAUUGCCGGGUCACUCAGAAGGCGUCUGAGCGUGUUAUCGUGGGUGUGAGAUGUGGAAGCGUGCCAUCGCUCGCCAACGUGGCCAAACACCCGCGCCAAGUCCCAAGAAGCGAACGACGAGGCGGCCCGGCGUUUCUUUCGCGGCGGCAGCAUCAGGGGCGCCGUCCGCCGUCCGCCGUCCCGACAGCGUCGGCCGCUCCUGCUCCCACCACAUCCGAGGCCGUGCCAAUACCUGAGGCUCCUGCGCCUCAACCACAGCCGCUAGUGGCGGAACCGGAAGCUGCCUCUCCAGGAACGUCGGCCGGACUGCGCCCCGUCUGCCGCCGGCGCGGGGGUCAACGCCCUGUGGGUACCCAGCGCUCAGCACCGUCAGUCGAGCAGCCCCAGGCGGUCUCUCACAGCGAAGCAGCCACGCCUCCCCCUUCCUGCGACGGGGCCGUGCCUGCUGCCUCCACCGCUGAUCUGGCCGACCUCGUCGCGCAGCUCACUGCCCUAGUGACCAGUGCCAAGAAGUUGAUCGAAGUCGUGUCGCAGCAACUCACCGCUGCAGUGCCGAUAGCCGCUCCGGCCCUGACCGCUGUCAACGCUCACCAGCUGCACCAUGGGCAGCGGUAG